AUGAUGAUUGUUUUGAUUGCAAUCAUUUGGAAAUUUUCAUCAUCGGAAAAGUAAAAAAUCAACUUCCGAACGAGAAAAUUCCGUCUAAACAUGCCGAAAUCCCGCGAUGAAGUGUGCCAGCUGAUGGACAAACUGCUGCUCCACUCGCUGGAGCUGAUGGAGCAGGAAGUGAGGCUGAAAACCACCAUCGAAGCCGUCACCAACGAUGGUCAGCUGGACUUGGCGCACACUCGGUUCACCAAGGGGGCGCACUCGGUUUCGGCGGUUCAGCUUCCGACCGAGGACUACCGGGAUUUCAGUGCACUGAACUCGCUGACCGAGGAUCGGGACGAGCUGGGACAGGUCCAGUUGUCGCUGGACAACCACCCGGUGGACAAGGAAACGAGUCACAUCGAUCCGAUCAGGUGGUUCGGCAUUCUGAUUCCGGCGACGUUGCAGAGCGCGCGGACCAAGUUCGGGCGGGCACUGGAGUACGUGGUUGAGUGCGGCAACGUGCAGAUUCAGCUGAGGAAUGUUCUGCUGAACUACGGCGCGCUGAAGCGACUGAAGGCGGAGUUGUGAUAAUGCUGAGAAUGCUGAAUAUAUCUUAUAAAUAUGUAACGUAUUAUUUAAUCGUUUAGUUUAAAUAAAAUUGAUAAAAUUUUG